AUGACAAUCGAAGACAACUUGCCGGACUUGCCGGACUUGCCGCACCAUGGUGACCAAAAUGCUAGAAGUAUCGCAUCAGACACUCGACUAAUGACUAUCGCCUGCGUCAACUGCGCCAGGAGCAAGACCAAAUGCAACCAUCGGCAACCAUGUAGCCGCUGCCAGGCCAAAGGUUUGACGUGUGUCUCUCGACAAUCUCGCAGAGGCAAAGCGCGUAAACUGCGGAAAAAUAACCCAGUGUUAGCACCCACACCAAUACCGGCAGACCAGGAGAGCUUGCACAGGGCGGAUUUGAACCCGACUUACGCCACGCAUGUUGACCUUACCAGACACCCUGAGAACCAGUCCAUGAUCACAUCUUCCCAUCGCGAAGCUUAUUCUUACCGCCACGGGGCCAUUACUGACCCCGUGUAUCCUCUUCCCGCCCAACAGCCUUUGGAAAGCGCGUUUUCUGGUCUGCCGAGAUCAAGUCCGUUUCGCGAAACCCAGUCUCUAGACGGGCACCAGUUAUCCACUGGUCUGCCAGCGGUGGCCCAAGUGGAAGAUAGUGCGACGUCCUGUGCAGUGGACUUUGCACAGCUUGCACAGCCAUUCAGCGGGGCUGGAAUGAAUAAGUACUCGGGAACGACCGACGAAGUUAAUGCACAGAGGAAUCCCGGCACAACUGAGCCACCGUCUACCAAUGAUUUAAAUUCUGAUUCAUGGCAUUCCGACUCCAACUUCCGAGGGGUAAACCUUGGGACAAGCGACAAUUUCGCAGCACUCAGCCCUGCACUUUCUGCCUUGGAAAUCGAGGGCUGGGGUGGUAAUUUGGUAUUAGAGCCAUCGCCUGGCAGAACUCCGUCCUCAGCCGCGAAUGGGCAUUCAGGGCGUGGACAGUUCGGGGCUGUUAGAAAUGCUUCGCCUCGAGACAACAUUCCAUCCGGCCUGACAGAAUCUGGGUCUUCUUGCGGCGAUGAGGAGGAGGCAACAUGGGCUGUUGAAUGGGAGCACUGGACCAUUUGUCAAUGUAACCCCUUGCCCCAGUGUGCGGCACGCGAUCGCCAGAAACUAGUUCUCGCAAACCUCGAACGUAACUUUUUGCGGCCAGGCCCGUGGAGUGAGCUUGACGAACACUGGAGACAAACUCACUUUAUGCCGACAGAAACAUUUUCGAAUGUGCCUCUCUCUGACCCCAGUCGUGAGUGGCUCUUGGUCAUUAUGCAACGGUAUAUGCGUGUGGCUAUAGAUGUCCAGGGACUGACACCUGGUUCAUCUUGGCCUGAUUCGUGUGCCGUUGGCAAUACCAGUCAGUUAGGCGGUUACAUACGACUACCGCCUGCGAAAGCACUCCAUAACUACCUUGAAGUCCUCCUUCGGAACUACGAACCCUUCUAUCCCUUGCUACCCGCACGUGUGCUGGAACCAAAUCAUUUGGCAAGCACGGCUUUCGGUAGAGAGUCGACGCUCCUGCUCUGUCUUAUGAUCGCGUUUGGUUCGAUGAUCGAUCCAGCACUCAAGGCCCGCCGCUUCUCUACAGCUCUCACAGAAAUAUGUCGUCACUCCAUGCACGAUGCUUUGGAAAGGGCGUUGCGAGGUCCGACGAGCCGCUUGCUUUACUAUUGUGCUUUACUGUUUAUUAUCAGAGGUGCGUUUAGCGGUGAUAAGGCACAUAUGAACAUCAGCAUUGCCCAUAGGCGGCUUUAUCAUACAGCUAUGCAACACGCUGGCCUCUUCCAGGGACAGCAAUCUGGUAAUCCGUGCACCCCAUUAUUGGACGAGAAUCUGGAGCUAGUUUGGAAAUCAUGGGUAGAGCGAGAAAGCGCAUAUCGACUGGCUUACGGGUGGGUUCUGGCUGAGCAUGAGAUCAGUCUUCUAUAUGGUAUACAGCCAAUGAUUAAUAUCUCGGAUGUUGAAGCCCCUCUACCAGCCCACGAUCAUCUCUGGCUAUGUUCAAACGCGGACGAGUGGCGACUUGCACUGUGCCAAGGAGAUGCGACUACUAAUUGGCGCGACGUGCUCCGGGCGCAUCCUAAUUACUCCCUUCGCAAGUUAUUCCAAUUGAUGAUAAAUGACCAGCUUGAAGAAGUUAAUUACCAGCCAGACCUUCUCCAAUUACGGCUUCUUCUCUAUCCAAUCCACAUGAUGGUUUCUCAACUAGCACAACUUCUAGAUUAUGGGCUGGAAUGCCGUCAAUUGUCGACUCCAAUCACGCAGACAUCUUCCAUGCGUCGCUCUGGAGAAAUCCAGUGUUGCCUAAAACAAUGGAUUGCCCUUUAUCAGCCUAUAGUUGGUCAAGGCGCGAGGUUUCAUGCGCUGUCAAACGCCACACUCGUUCUAUACCACCUCGUUAGCCUUGACCUUUAUGCUUCUUUCAUGCGGAUCGAGCGCUUCGCCCGCGAGGGCUAUUCUAACGUCGCGGACACAAUCCCGAAAGAGCUGAUUCGCUCUAGCGAGGAUGCCCUUAUCCAUUGCGGACAGGUCUUUCGGCUAUUUGGUAAUCUGGAGGAUGAAAUUCGACCAGUAUGGAGUGCAGCUGCAAUUUACCGCGCCACAUUGACGUUGUGGUUUUUGAGCAUCUCCAGAAUGCCUCGACAGCGGAACCAAGUCAUAUCAGGCCACACCACUAAUGAGGAAUUUGCUUUUAACCGUAUUGCAUUUAGUCACCCUCUGGUAAAAGAUUAUCUGCGCUAUGGCCAAGGUGAGCCAUAUCUCAUCAACAAAGGUGGAGAACGAGUUUCUUUGACUGAACCAAGAGCAAUACUCAUGUUUGGAGUUGGAGAAAUCAUUCAUGGCCCGAUGACAACCAAUUUCUCCAUAGGAGUGAAACAGAAGCUUGAGAUAAUGAUCGAAAAAUGGAGUUGUACUCACUAA